AUGAUAUUUACAAGAAAAUUACAAACAAAAAUUGGCAUAUUUAAAUUACUAUUUAAUGAAAAUUUAUUUCAAGGGCAAACCAAAUCUUUGACAUUUCUAAAAAGAUAUUUCAGUGGUCAUAUCAAAAAGUGUUAUAAUUUUAAUAAUAAAGUAAUGGAUACACCUUAUAAUUCUAAUAAUUGCCUUUGUCAUAGAUAUGCUUUCUCCCUGUCCAAUGCCAUUUCUUCUCCAAAUUUUGAAAAAAAUUUUAAACUUGGAAUACAAGCUGUUACAAAAGAAGAAUUUGAAAAAAUAUGUCGUUUCCGUUAUCGAGAAGAUUCUUUAGCAUCUUUGGCAGGAAAAUUAAUUCUUCGUCAAAUGGCUAAAAAAAUUACUGGUACAAGUUGGGAUGAAAUUAAAUUUGAUAGAACGGAACGUGGUAAACCAUUUUUAUCUUUUCCACCUAAUACUAAUUUUGGUAUGAAUAUUUCUCAUCAAGGAGAUUAUGUAGCUUUUGCAAGUUCAUGUUCUCCAAAUGUUGGUGUUGAUUGCAUGAGACUUGACAUAUCAAGAAAUAACAAAACUGCCGAUGAAUAUAUAAAUUCAAUGUCUAAAUCAGCUUCACCAAAUGAGUUAAGCUUAAUGAAAACACAACCUACAGAUGCUAUGAAGAUGACAGUUUUUUACCGAAUUUGGUGUCUUAAAGAAUCAAUUCUAAAAGCUACCGGACAGGGAAUGAUUAAUGAUUUAACGACAAUUGAUUUUCAAAUUAAUACAUCUGACCGUUAUCGACCCGGAUCAUUUAUAAAAUCAACUAAAGUUAAUGUUGAUGGAAAAAAUGAACCUAAUUUUCAGUUUGAAGAAAGUUUUAUUGAUUCUAAUCACUCAGUUGCUGUGUGUUAUGAUUCAAAACUUCCUAAAAAAUGUAAUUUCUAUAAAGACAAAGAGGCAAAAAUAUUUUUUUCAAAAGUUAACUUUGACUUUUUACUUCAAGAUGCCAAAAUCUUAAACCCUCUUCAUGGAAAUGAGAAUUUAGAAUAUGAAGAAUUUAUGAAAAAGCCUAAAAAAACAUUUUAA